AUGGUUCAUCAGCAAAAACUAGAAGCUGAACUUCUUCAAAUAGAGGAGAGACACCAGGAAAAGAAGAGGAAAUUCCUGGAAAGCACAGAUUCAUUUAACAAUAAACUUAAAAGGUUGUGCGGUUUGAAAGUGGAAGUAGAUAUGGAAAAAAUUGCCGCUGAAAUUGCACAGGCAGAGGAACAGGCUCGCAAAAGGCAGGAGGAAAGAGAAAAAGAGGCAGCGGAGCAAGCUGAACGCAGUCAGAGCAGCAUGGUUCCUGAGGAAGAGCAAGCUGCCAGUAAGACCGAGGACAAGAAGGAUGACGAGAGUGUCCCAAUGGAGACAAAGGAGACACACCUUGAAGAAGCGACGGAGAGCCAACAGAAUGGUGAAGAAGGCACAUCUACUCCUGAGGACAAGGAGAGCGGGCAAGAGGGGGUGGACAGUAUGGCUGAGGAAGGGACCAGUGAUAGUAACACUGGCUCAGAGAGCAACAGUGCAACCGUGGAGGAACCACCAGCAGACCCCACACCGGAAGACGAGAAGAAAGAAUAAAUGUUGCCUUGU